AUGGAAAGCUCACUAGAGAUAAUUGGGGAGGGGAAUAAACUGAUUGUGGUUAGAAAAAGGGAAGAAGAAUAUAGACAUAUAGUUUAUAAUUAUUACUCCAAACUACUAGCAAAUAAAGGAUUUAAUAUGAUUAACUAUGAAUAUAAAUUAUUAAGCACAAACAUUUUAUACUCUUAUAUUGACACCUUUAAAUACAUACAUUAUUUUAGUGAUAUGUUUAUAAAAAAUGUAGUUAUAAAAAUUUUAAAAGAUAAUGAUAUAAAUUAUUUAAAUGUCAUGCUACAAUAUUAUUGGGUUAAAAAGUUAACAUAUAAUAAUAAGCAAAUAUUUGAUGACAAUUAUUUAGUUGAUAAUAAUUUUGUUGUUUUUAAUUCAGAAUUUACUGAUUUUAUAAAAGAUAUAUUAGAUAAUUACAAUUUAAAAAGAAUACUAAUUUAUAUAAAAAAUCAAUUAAAGUUAUUCAUUAAAAACCAAAAGGAAGCUAAUCCAGAAAUUGCUGAAAAUGUGGACAAGUUUGUCAGACGAUUGCAAAAAAAAAUGAAACAACUAUUAGAACUUAUUUAUAAUUAUAUAGAAAUAUUUAAAAAAUCAGAUAUUUAUAAAAAUCAAAUUUCUAAUAUUAUUCGCAAUAUACAAAUACAUCUUAUGAGCCUUACUAAACAUGAUAUCGUGAAAUAUUUAUUGGCACACUAUAAUAAUUAUAUUAAUAUGCUAAACAAAAUAAAAGAAGAAUACGAAGAAAAUCAAGAAAGAGAAAAAAAAAAACGCAUAACAACAAAUCAAUAUAUGUUUAAGGAAAUUUAUAAUUUUCACAAUUUUGUUUGGUAUAACAAUUUAAAAAGGUAUAGCAUUGGAUAUGUAGAGGAAAACUUGUUCUUCAUACCCCCAUAUUUACAAUUGCUAAGCACAAUUAAUAAUCAACCUAAGAACCAUGAAAAUAGUGAAAAUAUUGAGCAAGAUAAGAACGAGGAUCUUCCAAUUUCACAAGAAUCCAACCAGGACAAUAAAGAAAAAAAUAAUGAUAAUAAACAUUUGAAUUUUCACGAUAGUUAUAUUAGUGUCGAAUUAAAAUUAAAAUGUGGUAUCCCAGAUUAUAAUGAUAUGAUAGACAAAUAUAAUAUCCAACAAAUAAUAAAAUUAAAUAAUAAAAAAAAUAUACAACAGUUAUCAUUAUAUGAGCCAAAUGAGUUUUUUAAUCUUAAUUUCAAGGACAUCUUUACGAAUUUAAAUUAUAUAUUUUUAUCGAAAAAUAACAAUAUGAACAUGUACAUAAAUAACAAAAAGGAGAAAAGCACAGCUCUUUCACAGCUUAACUAUUCUUCAAAUUAUUUAAAUAGGAAGAAUGAUAAAAGGCAUAGCAGUAUUAAUGAAAAGAGUGAUGCAUUUUGGGAAAUGAAAAAAAAAAGUAAAAAUAAAUCCAUUAAAUUAUAUUUUGAUUAUCUAAACGGAAAACAAGAGCGAAAAAAAGAUUUAGAAUCUUUCAAUUUAGAAAACUUCAAGCAUCCUGUAUUUUCGUCAUAUAGCAGUAUAGCAUGCUAUGUUGGGAAAAAAAAAGACAAUAAUAACGCUAAUAAUUUCACUAUAUCUAGUAACAGCAAUAAAGCACAUGGGGCUGCACGCUCAGGUGAAACUAAUAAUUUUGAAAAAAUAUAUGCUGGUGAAGAUACCUAUACAAAUGUCUUUCAUGACACUGUUUUGUACUUGUUAAAUAAAAUUCAAAUGAAAAUGUCAUGGGGAAUGCCCAAGAAGAAAAGAAAUAUAAUAGAUUAUUCUCAAAGAUAUUUAUUUGUCCCAAAACAUGUAAAAUAUGCUUAUAAAAAUUAUAUAUUUAGCAAUAAUUUUUAUUUAAAAUAUAUAAUGAACAAAAGUGCAGAUUGCAAACUUAGAAAAGUGUUAUCUUCAUUAAAAAAAAAAAAUUAUAAAAGCAGUGUAGAUGAAUUAUUGGAUAUAUGUGAAUUAUAUAAAGAUAUUUAUUAUUUAAAUUUUCUAUCUCUUUAUAAAAAAACAUGUUAUUUAUUAGAAGCACGAUACCGUUUAAUUUUGGGAAAUUAUUUAGACGAUAAAUUACAUUCUAAUGGUUGGAAAAAAAACAAAGUAAAGGGAAAAACAAUAUGGGACCAAGAAUUGGCUCAGUAUGAAUUCAAAGGAAAUUCCAAUCAGAAAAAAAUUCGAAAAAAAAAUAUUAAAUUAAGUUACAGAAGGAUAAAAAAUGAAAUUAUUCAAUUUUUUAUGCAAAAUAAAGAAUUAUUAAAUGACCCAGAUUUGUUGAAUAAUUUCGUUUCCAAUACAAAAAAUAAUAUAACAAAUCUUAAUGGUAUGUUUUUAAAUGUAAAAAAAUGGUGUGAACAUUUUUUCCAUGUUUACAAAAAUGAAUUAAUUAAAUUAAAAGAUAACAAAUUUCCUAUAUGGAAAGAACAAUUUGACAUAAAAAAAGAGGAGUUACUUAAAAUAUAUGAAGAAAAAAUUAAAAAAAAUAUUCUAUAUAUAUAUGAUACACAAAUCAAAACAAAUUAUUAUUAUAACACCCUAAUUACAAAUGAAAUGAAUUUAGCAAUUAAGGGAUAUUUUGAAGAAUUGCAAUAUAAUGCGGAAAAAAUUCUUAACACCAUCAAAAAUAAUAUAGCCAAUGAAAAAGGCCAUAUAUCAAAAUUUCGUAAAAUUUUUAAUGGAUUGUUUUAUGCAUUAAAAAAUGCUUAUAUAUGUGAGAUUGGUAGCUGCCGUUACUUAUGCAGUGGUAGUACUUUUGGAUGGAAUAAUAAUAAUACUUAUGUUGGUUCUGUAAAUAUGAUUAAACAAGUGCUAAAUAAUAAUAAUGCAAUGAUGGCAUGCAAAAAAGUUACCGAAAUUAAUAAAAAUACCUUAAACUUACUAAUUUUAACAAACGUUAUAAGACAUGAAAAAAAUAUAUUUUAUAAAAUGUUGUACUUCCAUUCCUUCAGUGCAGGGCAGAUACAAUUAGUUUAUUUUAUGAUGGACUUUAUAGAUAUUUUUGGAAAAUUAUUUAAUUUAAAAAAAAAAAAACAUAUUUUUUCAAAUUUUAUGUAUUACAAAUCAAGUUUGAAGGAUAUUUUUAUGCCUAAGGAAAAUCACUAUUUUAAUUCAAACAAACAUUUGCGCCAUUUGGUGGAUAUUAAAAAAUUGAAGAGAAUAGAAAAUUAUGUUUUUAACGAGGAAAAUAUCCGAAAAAAACUAAAACGUAAACAUCGUAGUAGGGAUACGAAAAAAACAAAUUCACAAUAUAGAUAUAAAAUAAAAUAUAAAAAUUUUAUUUAUAUGCAAAACGCUCAUUUUAUGCUUGGAAAUGAACUCCUAAUUGAGGCCUUAGAUAUCAUUAAUAAGUUAUGCAAGCAUAAGUUUGAUUAUCUAGAAUCUGAUAUAAAAAUUAACACAAGAAAAUUAUAUUACGGAUUAUAUAAAAGUGCAAAAAAAUUUACAAAAAGAUAUACAUGUGACUACAAAAGCGAUUUUAGAAGAAACCAUAAAAAAAGUAAAAAAUAUAUAGCUAAUAAAUUUUUAUCAAAAGAAACAUUUAUAACAAAUGAGCAUUUCGAAUAUUUAACUAAUGCAUUACAAGUUUAUCGAAAAAAAGUUGGACUAAUUAAUUUGGAUAAAUAUAUUAAUAGAAGACGAAUAGCAUAUAAUCAUGAUAAAAUAUAUAAAAAAGCUUUAUUAAUUUUUAAGAGUAUGAUAUAUUUUGUUUGCCGUUAUUUAAUAAGCAAAACCUUUUGUGAUAACAGCACAAUUUUUAACCUAUAUAUACCAACUUCUAACAAGGCUAAUGAUGUAGAAAUUGUUAAAUUUUUAGAGAACAACAGAUUUAAGCCAUUAAUUCUAAGCAAAAAUAGUAAUAAAAAAGAAGACCAAUAUUUGAGUAAUGAUCAAAAAAUUAAUGAAGAAGAUUCAUCUAAAAUCGUUCCACCCGAAAAAAACGAUAAAGGCGAAAAAAAUAAUAAUGUUGAAGAGGAAUCCAUGAAAAAACACAUUAAGAAAUAUGUUAGGAGAAAUAAAUUAUCUUCUUAUCAAUAUCCAUUUAUAAUACUAAAUUUAAGUAGAAAAAAACGUGAUUUUAUGAAAAAAGAAUAUAAGCAAUUUAAAAACCGUAUGAUAAAUUCUUAUAUUCCAUGGGAUAACAAACAAAUAUUUUAUCGAAUAAGUUUAAUAGACUUAUCUAUGAAAUCUAUAAAUAAAAUGGGAUAUUGGAAAAAACAAAUGGAAUCGAUUUUGUCCGUUUAUAGAGAGUAUUCCCAAUGUACAUUAAAUUAG